GGUCGAGAUGGCAGAGAUGGAAUACCAGGACCUCCUGGGCCAGCUGGGAAACCAGGCCCUGCGGGUUAGUUGAUUUUUCUCAUUGUUAAUCUGUGGUAUUAGUCUUGUGUAAGGUUUGAUUAAGGGGGAGAGGAGAAGGCCUUAGAGCUAUUGGACGUCGCACCUUUGACUUCACAGCGGAAAAGCUCUCUAUCAAGUGCCAAUAUCUUCCAACUUCUGUUAAUUACAUGUCGAAAACAUCCCGUAUGUCCCUUUCCCAUUGCCUUCUUUGUCUUCCUCUUUCUCUUGUCGCAUCUAUCUUUCCUUCCAAGCCCUCACGUCUUUUCAAAUGGCCAAAAUACUUCAGCUUUUGUUUCUUUAUAAAGAUGUCUAACCAUUGAUCUUCCGCUUUGAGAUCCUCCCUAAUUCACUUAUUUGUUCUGUACUCCGUCCAUAAUAUUUUUUUUAAUUUUCUAUAGCACUUCAUUUAACGAACGUAAAAUAACUUUUUUUGGAAGAUAUUUUAAUUUAGAUAUGAUAGAGGACUAAUAAACGUCUGGUUUUAUUUCCCGUCAGGAAGGGAUGGAAGAGAUGGACGACAGGGUCCCCCUGGACCUCAAGGACUUGCUGGACCAAGAGGUGAUAAGCAUCUUUAAAAUUUUUGCCAUUAGCAUUUUAUUAUAAACAUAAUCCAAGGUGCUUUCAGCAUUGCUUAUCAUAGCCACAGGAAGCAUGCAUGUCACGUUAAACCUAUCAAGUAAAUGGCCUAACUCGCCGUUAGUCUCUUUAACUACGUCACUAGAACAUUCGACAGAAUUCAGCUGGCUUUUAGAACUUCUCUUUUCCCAGUUUCUCGUCAUGAAAUGUUGAACAAUUCAUUUUUUGUAUUUACCAUAGGAAAAACUGGUAAAAAAGGAAAUGAUGGCGCUCAGGGUCCCCCCGGACAAACAGGAGAGAAGGGAGACAAAGGAAACGGAGUGUCUGGUGUAAACUACGUCCGCUGGGGCCGAACCGAAUGCCCUGGAAAUGCAACAUUAGUGUACAGUGGUAAGAAAGAAAUUAUUUGACUUUCUGUAUUGAAAUUUUACUUAUUACGAUUAAUUGCAACUGGAAUUUAUGUGCCUCAGAAUAGACAAGGAUGAACAUAAUAACUUCGCUUGUCAACAAUAGAUGCAGGGGUCUGAUAUUGUUGUGGAAAAGCUGAUUUUGAUUUAAUUGUUUAAUUACAUAGAUAGGUUGAUUCUAAUUACAUAAUAUUUGCCAGAAAGGAGUGCAAUUUUAACUGCUUUAACGCUGUAAUAUAUCCUUUUGUUCCAUGAUUAUUUAAAUCGUAUAAUGGUAACGAAUUUUCUCGUAGUCAACAGAGGAGUAAGGAAGUCAGGACGUGCCUGACGAAAUAUUGCAAAUGAAAUAUACAUGCAUUCUCAUGCAGGCCGCGUUGCCCUUUUGUAUGCUCUAUACUAUUUUCCUCUUCCAAAGUGUAAUAAUAGGUACGCACUGCCCACCGAUUGCUGGGGUAAGCCUUCUUAUCAAUAAACAUUAGUUAGAAUAGUGAUUCUCCUACGUUAUUUCGCCAUGUAAGGUAAUUUGGAUUCCGGAUCGCGCGCGUGAAAUCCGGCAAAUCUUUGUCGGUGAAAUCUGGAAUCCGGCAAAUUUCACUGGUAAAAUCCAGAAUCUAGGGAAUUCAGCUCCAGGAAUCCGAGCUCCCGCUUACGAUUGGAAAUCGAAAUCCAGUUUCCACUGACAAGAAAUCCGGAAUCCAGUAGAGUGGAACCUCGAUAUAAUGAAGGGCCAAGGGACUGGCAAAACAGGUUCACUGAAACGAGGUUUCGUUAUAUCGAGGUUUUCUUCCAUAUAUUUUACUAUUAAUGGGGUUAAAAAAAAUUGUUCGUUAUAAAGAGUACUUCCUUAUAUGGAGGUUCGUUAUAUUGAGGUUCCACUGUACCUGGAAUCCAGUAAUCACUGCAUGGAAUCCAGAAUCCAAGAAGUCUUGGAUUACGUAUAUCGUGGGGAGAGUUUUUGCUGUAGCCAUUAGGAUAGGUGACACAAAUUCAGAUGGAAGUAUCGCUUCUGAAAAUGCAAGUACAAAUUUAUCUAACUCAUUUUUUAGGGAUGAUGGGAGGCGAAAACCACAAUCACCAAGGUGGUGGAGCGAAUUACCUUUGCCUUCCACCCAAACCAAAGUACGACAAGUACAACGACGGCAAUCAAAACUCAGGAUAUGUGUAUGGCACUGAAUAUGAGAUUAAUGAUUACAGUGGGUCUGUUUUGAAGAGCAAUCUUCAUGAUCACGAGGCGCCUUGUGCUGUCUGCUUUGUCAAGUCACGUGGCUCAAUGCUGAUGAUCCCUGCACAGAAUGACUGUCCAUAUGGAUGGACCGAGGAGUAUCAUGGGUACCUGAUGACUGCAUAUUACGAUCAUGCGAACCAAAAGGAUUACGUCUGUGUCGACAAAGACCCAGAGUAUGUUCUAGGGAGCAUGGAAAGCAAGGAUGGUGCUUUGCUGUACCACGUGGAAGGACAAUGUGGCUCUCUUCCGUGUCUUCCAUAUGUUAAUCAUCGAGAGCUGACAUGCGCUGUUUGCACCAAGUGA